GUAUUGCUAUAACCACUACGGUUACAUCGUCGCAUCAGCAGUCGCAGAGAGAGAAGAGAGACUUGUUGGAUGUAUGCAGCAUAGCACAGUAGCCAGCUUACACUUGCAGUUGCAGUGUUCGGGAAAAACGUUGUGGAUAUACCGGCCUCUGGGACUAAAAUCAUUCCAGGAAUAACAUUCCAAGAGUAAAAGCAACCCAAGAAAUAACACAACCGAGAAUAACGACUCCUGAAAAUAAGGUAUUGACUGGGAAAAACUACAUCUAUACUCCAAUAUAAAUGACCAUAGUAUAUCAUUACGAAUGAUGUUUCGCAGCCAAGUAUACUGUACCGCCGGGACUAAUGCAUACGUAUGAAUACCAAGUCAAUAAAAGACAACACAGGUUAACUCCAAGCUAACUACAAUGCAUUACAAGAAAUAACACAUACAUAUCUAUAUAUGUGCCAAGACAGUAACAUAUCAGAGUCAGAGUCUCUAACUCUACCUAAGUACAAUGAAUCAACAGCAAUAAUAUGUGUUUACCUAGAGAAUAAUCUAUUUUCCACAAGAAAAAAAAAUCACUCGCCACCGAGUACUAUGAAACGCUGCAAAUGAUAUCUUCAUAUACGAAAACUAUAAAACAUCAUUGAAGAUAACUUGCUACAAAGUACUAUGCUGUUUCAGAAAUAACGCAUAUACAUGUAUCUAGACACUAACACUUACACAUACAUAAUAACUUGCUGCCAAGUACAGUGAAAUACUAGAAAUAACCCAUCCAAAUGUGCCAAGAAUAUCAUGGAUUUCGUUGUAUGAACAUCUGUUAUUGGCGUUGUUUUCCUUCCAUUUCAAAACACACAGUAAAAACGAAAGAUAUCAUUAGAUCACCAUCAACAUACAUAGAUAUAUGAAUAUAUUUAUGUAUAUAGAGUUCUAUACGUAAAUAUAAAUACAUAUAUAUAUAUAUAUAUAAAUAUACAUAUAUAUAUACGUGUGUGUGUGUGUGUGUGUGUGUGUAUGUGUGUGUGUUUAUUUCUAUAUGUACUUCUAACUAGCUAUUGUAAAUCAAUGGAUGAUGCAUUAGUAACAUAAUGACUCGGUGUAAAACAACAGCGAGAACACAAGCAACCGCACCAAAACUAUCACUACCAUUUACAGCAGCAUCACCAUCAUCAGCACCAUCUAUUAUAACACCACCAAUAUCAAUAACAACUACGCCUAGGACAGCAGCUUCAGCAACAGCACCAGGGUCAACACCAACAUUAUCCAGAGCUCCAAAAAUAGAAACAGUAAUAUCAACAUUAAUAUUAAAUUUAUUGCUUUUAGCAUCAACAUCUUAGUAUCUCUGUAGCACAGUUGGUUUGUGUUGACGAAGUAAGAUUUCUGAAUAAUCCUCAGAAAUUUGUAGAAUAUAAAAAUUAAAAUAAAUUGUAGUUAUUAUAAAUAGAGUUAUAAUUAAAAUUUUGAAGAAAAGCAGAAAAAAAAACAAACAAACCAACAAAAGCAUUUCUAAAACGAUGUUGCCAAAACAAGAACAUGAUAUUGUGACCAAUUGCUCUCCACACCGUUAUGAGUUACAACAACAACAACAACAACAACAACAACAGCAACAACAACAACAACAACAACAACAACAACAACAACAACAGCAACAGCAAAAACAGCAGCAACAACAUCCACAACAACCGCAACAGCAACAACAACAGCAACAUCAGCAGCAGCAACAGCAACAACAACAGCAACAACCUCAUCAUCUUCUUCAUCAUCAACAUCAUCUUCUUCAGCAUCAUCAUCUUCAUCAGCAGACACAGCAGCCACAGUAUCAGCUUCAAAAGCAGAAGCAACAACCGGAACAAAAUGAUGAACAGAUGAUCACCAGAAACUCUCCAUUAAACUUGCGUUCCUCUCCUCUAAAUCUAAGGCAGCUACAAUUACCACAAGAGCAUCAUUUGCAACUACAACCGCAGCAGCAUCCUCUACAUCCACAACAGCAAUAUAAUCAACAAGCACCACCGCAAUCGCCAAAAUCACCCAAAUCGCCAAAAUCACCAAAGUCACCGAUAUCGCCAAAAUCGCCAAAGUCACCCAACUCACCCCAUUCACCACAACAACAUCAACAACUGCAACCUCAACAGCACCCUUCACAGCAUCCGCCACAAUCGCAACAAAAUAAGUCGCCUCCACACCAGCAACAACAACAUUUACAACUACAAGAACAACACAGGAAAUCACCACAACAACACCAGCAACAACAACAACAACAACCCCCACCAAACCAACAAAACCACCACCACCAACAACAACAACUUCAACAACAACAUCAACAUCUACAUCAAAAACCACCACUUCCUCGACAACAGCGCCCACAAUUACAAGUUGAGCCUCAGCAAUAUUCCAGACAAGCUUUACAAAUGCGCAACGAGAUUCAAACAAAGGAGGUGUGUGCAGCGAAAUUCUGCGUCAGAGACAAUGGCAUUCAGUCUAAAGAAUCGGAAGUACAGAAUCAGAUAACAGGAGACAAAAUUGAAAAGGAAGAUAUUCUAGUCCGAGAUUGUGCUGUUAUGACACAUUUUCCUAUUGCGGAUAAUGCCCACAAUGCCAGUGCUGAAGAAUUGAUCAAGGAAAUCCAAGCUCUGAAAGAUGACAGUAAAAAAUGUCACCGAGAACUGGACAGGUGGAAAUCGAACUGCCGGAAAUACAAAGCCAGCUAUUUGAUUGUGGCUGACCACAACCGUGUGCUUGUUCGUGAAAAUUCAACACAAAAAUGGGAGCUAGCUUAUUUACAACAACGGAUACAACGUCAACAGGAACGCUAUGAUGAAUUAGAAAGGAACUAUGAUAUACUUCAAGACAACUAUAAAACAUUAUCCGGGUUGUUCAACAGGUUACCUCCUCCGGAUAAGAGAUUAGAGGAAAAGUACGAAAUGCUUCGGAAUGAUUACGAGAAGAUUAACAAUGAUCGCAUCAGUUUGAUGGACAAAAUAAACCAACUCACGGAGCAACUAACAUGUUAUCUCUCCGACACACCGUUCCAGACACAAGGGUCUACUGGUCGUGAACCAACAGAUGGUGUCAUUUGGGCCGAUAAUCACCAGAAUAUCAUAGACGGAUUAAGUGAUAAAACACAGAUGCCUCAUAUUAAAGAACGUUAUAGUCAGAGCUUGAAAAAAUGCAAGCCACAACCUUAUGCUAUCAGAGAAAUCAGUGGUCAGUUUGGUCGCUUACCUCCUGGAAGUGACGGAGAUGAUGAAGAUAGUUAUUCUAACUUUCCUUGUUCUGACGUCACAGCAGAUGGAGAUUCUAGGACUGAAAUGUUUCGAGCGACCUCUAGUAACAAAACCUCCGGACCAAAAUCCACACGUCCUUUUGCCAGACAUCGAAAAAACAAACACAAACUUCCUUCAGUACCGGCAUGGCUGUCUCAGUUGAAAAACAACAAAGUUCAUCCCGGCGAUGAAGAUGAUUGACGGGGGGUGCGAAACCGCCAUGACAGCGACUCACUCGAUUCAAUCCCUGUCAACCAUGAAAUUGAAACCAGUGUUUGAACGAGUGUUUUUAUUUUUUAAAUUAUUUUAUUUUUUUUUCUACUCUGCGCUGUCCUGGGUGGUGAGGACCUUGAGCAAGUCCUUCGCAGCCUCCUAAUUGCUCACACCCCAAUACAUAUAUAUAUAUUUUUAAACAUGUACUAUUUAAAACAAUUUUGAAAAGGAUUGAAGUUGUAUUUUUUCUGGGUUUUAGUUUAAAUUCUUUCUUAUUUCUCUUUUAUAGCGUGAGUGCAUUGAGACAAUCACGUUAGCAAAGUCAAGGUACUUAAGAUCAAAUCAGCUUACAUUAUAAUGAACCGUAUGCAGAUUUAAAGCGAAAACAAAAUUAAAUGGAGAAGAAAGAGGAAAUAAAGAAACCCAAGAAAGAUGAAACUACUACUACAAAUAUAUAUAAUGAAGUUUAAUAAAAUUUAAAAAAAUAAAUUAAAAAUAUUUAUGUAACAUUUAUCAAAUAUAGAUAACUGGGCUUUUAAU